ACAUUUUAACAGAAAAACUACGGUCGGCAAGAAACAAAAACUUUUGCAAGACAAUUAAGAAAUGGGCACUUUGGUAACUAACCAGUUUUGGCUCGUACGUUAUGUAAAUGGUUUUUACAACACUUUUUCUGUUUCAAAUGGAUUUUUCACUCUUUUAACAAUUAAGAUGAUUUGUAUUUGUCGUUGUUUUUUGAUGAUGCCUAGCAUCUUCCUUUCCUUAGUUUAAUAUGUAUUUUUGCACAAAAAUUAACUGUUCUUUUAAACGCUUAAGACACUUAAAAAGUUGGUACUUCAGUGGUUAAAGAAGGUGAUAUGCAUGUUAUGUUAUAAUCAAUGAAGAUAAGAAUGGAAAAGAUUAAAAGAACUACAAACAACGAGCUUAAUGAAGAAUUUGUGCCUCAUCAUGAGGCUAGAACCUUUAUUUUGAAGCUGGAGCUUGUAUAUUGGAUCACCCAUAUUCCUCUGAAAGCAAAGGUUUUCCGAAUAUAGCGAUAUCAAAGAGUUCCUGGGGAUUGAAAGCACCUUGCACACUUCUGAGAUGCUUUUCAACAUGCGCAGUUUUACCAGCUUUGCGUGACGUGUUUAGAGAAGACGGAAUACAGAAUUCGUGCCAAAGCAAUCCAGAUCUGUUGUUUUUUCUUGUAUCUCACGUCCUCAAGAAAAAAUAGGCAACAAGAGGUUUUCGACACUAGCGAAAAAAUAAAAUAUGUGUACGGCAUCUUGGCACUCUCAUUCCUGUAUCGUCUCUAGAUUCUCGCCACAUUUUAACGAAGAAUGAUUUUGAAAACCUCGUAUUUAGAACAUAUACACUGAACUCCUGCGGCGAACGCGCUUCAAGCCAAUAUCUGCCUCUUUAAUGACAGACCCCGGUGGGUCUCGUAAAGCCAUAAAUCUACAACCAAAAUUCUUUAGCUAUAUUUACGCAAAAUAUUUGCCUGCUGUUCAGGCCGGAUAUUGUACAGGUGGCGGUUACAUCAAGGUCAUAUUACAUAUGAAUCUAUCAAUAUCAGAAUUUCUAUUUCAAGGCUGAGAAGUCCAGAUCAAGGAUUCGUACAUUGUACACGACUGUCAUUUAGUCCGGCAUCAUGACUGUAAACCGCAUCAUGCUCGUCACAUUGUUGCUGUUUCUGGGCGCGUUCCACUUUGCCUCAAGCAAAAGGAGGAAAUGUGAAGUGAUCAAAAUCCCUAUGUGCAAAAGUAUUGGCUACAACCUGACUUAUAUGCCGAAUAUGUUCAACCACGACACACAAGAGGAAGCGGCGCUUGAGGUUCAUCAGUACUGGCCGCUAGUUGAGAUCAAGUGUUCGCCAGACCUAAAGUUCUUUCUCUGCUCCGUGUAUGCUCCAAUGUGCCAGCCAAACUCUAAACACGAAGUGCUUCCAUGCCGGUCUAUCUGCCGACGAGCAAGAAAAGGCUGUGCGCCUUUACUGCGCAAGUCACGCCAUUUCAUGGCAGAGUGAACACCAAGUACGCGCUAGCGGAAAUAACCGCUUUGUUCUAAGGCGCCUAAUGAUCGAUCAAGGGCAUAAAGUAUGAAUAAACCUGGCAAAUAUUGCAAUAAGGUGGUUUCCCUCAGUGACCAGUUUUCCAAAAUACCGAAAGUUUCCCAGCCAAAUCACUAUGUUUGGAACCUCUUGUAAGCGACCACCUCUCGUAAGCGACCGCGACCACUUUUAGAGCUAAAAGUUUGAAAUUUUCUUUUGUUUUUUACCUUCCUGCGUUAUAACCCACAAGAUUACGGCGCUGAACAAGCAAUCCCACCCGCUCCUUGCGAAAAUCACAAAAACCAAAACAAACAGCAUGCAGGCAAAAGAGUCCGUGGAAAGCGCACGAUCUCGAGAUUUUCACAGAACCACCCAAUGGGAACUAUAACUUGAAAACAAAAACCACAUUGUUUAAAGGUCACCUACCAUUCCGUUUCGAAUGCACAAACUCCGCAGAAAAGAAAA